AGUCAAUGAUUUUAGUUAGGGUUUGAUUGUAUUUUUUUCCCGCUUAAAUCCCUUCGAGACGUUCUUCUUCCUCAGUCGCUCCGAUCUCCCCUCUCUCUUUUUACCCGAUCGCGAUAUCUUCUUCUGCUCUCCGCCAUCUCCCUCUCCAACAGCGAGCUCCUCUCCUGCUCCAUUCUCAGAUCCGAGCUGCAGUCAAGCCCCGGCACAUCUCUCCUCCAGUGGUCCCUUCCGAAGUGAACGAGCGUCGUUGCCUCCUCACCGGCGUCAAUAUCUCCGCCGAGAACUUGAGAUCUCAGUUGUCGUGGAUCCUGUGAUCCUGCGGGGAGAGAGCAUCGUUGAGUUGGGGCAGAAUUGUGAUAACCACCGUGACAGCAUUGGUUGAUGUACUAUGGGCGUGGAGGAUUAUCACGUGAUCGAGCUCGUUGGGGAGGGUUCAUUUGGAAAGGUGUAUAAAGGACGACGCAAGUACACUAGACAGACUGUUGCCAUGAAGUUUAUUUUGAAGCAUGGGAAAAGUGAAAAGGAUAUCCACAACUUGAGGCAGGAAAUUGAGAUAUUACGGAAGCUGAAGCAUGAAAAUAUAAUUCAAAUGCUUGAUUCCUUUGAGACACCUCAAGAAUUUUGUGUUGUCACUGAGUUUGCACAGGGAGAAUUAUUUGAGGUUCUUGAGGAUGACAAGUGUCUCCCAGAAGAACAAGUUCAAGCAAUAGCAAAACAAUUGGUGAAAGCGCUGCACUACUUGCAUACAAACCGAAUCAUUCAUCGCGAUAUGAAGCCACAAAAUAUCCUUAUAGGUGCAGGAUCUACUAUAAAGCUUUGUGACUUUGGGUUUGCACGAGCGAUGUCAGCAAAUACUGUAGUUCUUCGUUCAAUAAAAGGUACACCACUUUAUAUGGCUCCAGAGUUGGUGAGGGAGCAACCAUACAAUCAUACAGCAGAUUUGUGGUCGCUUGGAGUUAUUUUGUAUGAACUUUUUGUUGGUCAGCCACCAUUUUACACAAAUUCUGUCUAUGCAUUGAUUCGCCAUAUAGUCAAAGACCCAGUGAAAUAUCCAGAAAACAUGAGCUCAAACUUCAAAAGCUUGUUGAAGGGCCUGCUUAACAAGGUGCCACAGAAUAGAUUAACUUGGCCAGCUUUGCUGGAACACCCAUUUGUAAAAGAUGCUUCAGAGGAGCCAGAAACCAAACCAAUUGUUGGUGCUGAUGCAGUUAGUGGAUCCAAACCAACUGUUGGAGCUGAUGCAGUUAGUGGAUCUGAAGUCGGAAUGCCAAAUAGAGUUCACAAAGGUUCUGAUUUCGUUAUUGACAAUUUGGAGGCAAAAGAUAAUUCUAUUUCUUGGAGCAAUAAAAAAGAGAUUGAAAAUGGCAAAAAUGAUAGUCCUUCACAAACAACUGACAAUCAAGACAAUGCAUCUUCUGUGGGUGUAUCAGGCCAUGCUCAUUCAUCAGACAACCAAAUUUUGGAUGCUCUGGAAAAAGGUUCACGGACAGUAAAAGGUGCAAGUAAUAUCAGUCAUGAUAUUGAAGCUUUAUCAGUCAUUUUACACCCUCUGCAAACUUGGACCAAGCGAUCACCUAGUUCUCUCAGGGAUCUUAAUAUGGACAAUGUGAGCCAGUCAUUCAGAAUCCUGACAAAUCUAAUUGCUUCUGGAACACUUCAACCGGGUACAUCUUCUGACAUCCUAAUAUGUGUGCUUCUUGAAUUCACUGCUGCCCUCAUUAAAGUGAAGAUUGGGGAUGCUCAAGGCGUAUGCAUUAAGAGCCUUUCUGUUUUGAAGAAGUUAUUGGAAGUUACUGGUAGUGGAAGUCAUGAUUCUUUUUGUAAGCACUGGAGUGCUCUAGUGUAUCUUUAUUCUCAGAUGCUGGCUUUAACUACUGAUACAUCUGGUAGGAUCCACUAUGAAGCUACUGCAUCCAUUGUGAUUAUGCUGUACCGUGCUACAAGUGAGCUAAAACAAUCAAUAUCAUAUGAAGGCGCAAAGCCAAUGGAAAGGUUUCUGCUUCAGAUGGUUGAUUGUGCUAGUGAAUCUUCAAUUUUCCAGCAUUUGCUUGAAUGUUUAACUAUUUCUGGAACAAGUUUCAUGUCAGGAUCUUCCAAUAUGGUUCCAGCUGCAUGUGAAGCAUGCAAGGCAAUUUGGUGUCUGAUUAAUGCAGUGGAAACAAUUUUUGCAAAAGAACAAACAUAUGCUUUUCCGUUGGUCUAUUCACGUAGGCAACUUUCAUUGCAACCUGAUAUUAUGGAAUAUGAGCAAUCCCUAAAACUCCACAAGGAACCAGUUAAAGUUAUUUCAAGACUUGUGAAAUUAUUUAUUGAAUCAAAAGCAAUUCAAGUUGCUAUUUAUUACUCUUUUCACAAUGGGUUGGAGUCUGCAUUGUAUGCCACUCUUCAGAUUAUGUCAAGGAUCUGUCUUCUGAGCCCUUCUGCAUGCACUGUGCUUUGUGGUUUGUUGAAUCCAUCAGAUAUUGUUGCUGAAACAGAUGUGGCAACUGAUGGAACUAUUGUAUCUGAUAUUUUUUCUGUAUUGUCCUUGAGUGCUACUUAUCUAAACAAGGAUUCUGGAGAGAAGAGUACUCCAAAAUGUAAGCUGUCAAAUCCUCGUGGUUUGGUUGUACAUUGUUGCAUUACUUUGGCAACAAUUGCUGAUCGAUUAAGAUCAGUAGGAAAGUGUUCUUCGUCAUUCAUUCUUUCUAGUUCUCAGAAAAAGCAGUGCUCACGUCUUUCAGUUCUUGCGCACCUUUCCUUGAUGGAUGAUUCUGUGGCAAGUUCCAUUCAAUCUCAUUGUGCAUCAGCCAUGCUAGCUUUAUCAUCAAUUUUAUCUCUUGAUAUUGGGUCGUAUGGGAACUCUAUCUCUGAAAAUACACUUGCUAUAUUACCAUCUAUGGCAACACUACGUAACCUACUAAAGCUUCGCUGUUCUAAUGAAAUUGAAACAAAGUCUAAUGACAUUGUCUUGAGGUGGGUAGAGCCCAAUGAUGGUUGUCUUGGUUUGUUGAAAAUGAGGCUUUUAUGGGGUGGUCCUCUAUCUGUUCAGCAAGCAUGUUCUAAUGGAAUCCCUCAGCUUCUCAUUAGUUUGUUAGCAGAUGGGAUUGUAGAGGAUCCUGUCGAUGGAAAAGAUUGCAGAAUUGUUAGAUUAGGGCUGUCUCCUGCUGGACUAAUUUGGGCACUUUCUUCCUUGUGUUGUUGUCUUAGUGGUGGAUUGCUUCAUGAGUUCUUUUUCAAAAAAGAGCAUGUGAAGCUAAUAACUGACUUAUUGUCAGAUCAACACUUAAUUUCACUGAGCACUUGGGAAGGUCAUGCUAGUGGUCAUCCUGGAAAUAGAGAUUUAGUGAAUACAAUUGUGGAUAUUGUGGCAUUUCCCUUUGUUGCAGUACAGAGUGCCCCCAACAUGCCAUCAACAUCAGCAUCAAUUAACAGUGGCUUCCUCUUAAAUAAUGGCUUGCCUGGUGGCAGACUUGCAAUUGAAAAUAAAGAAUUAGUUAAAGCUAUUGGAAACAAUAUGCCUUAUUAUAUUCAAAUUCUUUCAGAGGUCAAUUUUCCUGGUCGCAUACUUUGCAGCUUGGACUAUCUUGACUUGGAAGAUGUGUCGAGGCCUAUUGCUAUGGUUGCAAAAAUGGUUGGAUAUCGACCUUUAGCACUGCAACUUGUUAAGGAAGGUCUUUUAUCUCCAAACAGAGUACAAAAGCUGUUGGGCGGCCAAUCAAUCCCUAAAGAUGCUAUGCUGGAUUUUCUAAUGAUUAUUUCUGACCUUGCCCGGAUGUCAAAGGAUUUCUAUGAAGCCAUUGACCAAGCUGGUAUGUUGCAAUUUCUCAUGGACUUCCUUAAUAGUGAUUCUGCUGAUGUGCGUGCAAAAGCUUGCAGUGCCAUUGGUAAUAUGUGUCGGCACAGUUCCUACUUCUACAACUCACUUGCAAAUCAUAAGGUCAUUGAUAUUUUGAUUGAUAGGUGUGCUGACCCAGACAGACGUACUAGGAAAUUUGCUUGUUUUGCUGUUGGGAAUGCUGCAUACCACAAUGAUGAUCUGUAUGAAGAGCUCCGGAGAUGCAUUCCUCAACUAACAAUGCUUCUACUCGCAGCCGAAGAAGAUAAAACAAAACUCAAUGCUGCUGGUGCACUUAGCAAUCUUGUUCGAAAUUCAAGUGCUCUAUGUGAAGAUAUUGUGUCUAAGGGUGCCAUGCAGGCGUUGUUGGAGAUGGUUUGUAACUAUUCACAGAAUGCAUUGAGCCCGAGUCGAGGAAGAACUCAAAAUGAAUCUCCCCUUAAGAUUGUUCUAUUUGCUUUGCGUAAGAUGUGUGACCAUGCUGUUUGCAGAUCCUUCCUUCGAUCUUCUGCAUUAUUUCCGGUCUUUUCUCAGCUGAAGAGGUCACCGGAUCAAACCAUUGUGGAAUAUGCAUCAGUUAUAGCGAGCAGGGCUACUCAAGUUUGAGUAUUAGUUAGUCUUAUCCUCGAAUCCAUUCCACAUUCAAUAUGCAUUUCUGACGAGGAAGCCAUGCGAUGUAGCAUUCAUCUUUGUUGGUUGUAUAUUAAAACAUGGACGUUGACAUAAUGCACUGCGUGCAUUUGGAUGUAAUACGAGCUCAACUGCCUUUGAUGAGCUUGAACACAAGUUACUACGAAUGGAGAGAAAUUAUUUAAAAAACUGUUA